AUGUUAUCAAAAUCUUAUAAUUACACUUUUCAGGAAUUACAUAUUUUAAUUAAUGAAGAGGCUAAGUCUAUUGCUUUAACUGCAAAUUGUUGGCCUUUAAGAAGUCGUUAUCCUUAUAUUGGUACUACAGCAACAUGGUGUGAUUUAAAUUUUGAUAUUAAAGAAAUUUUAUCAAUUGAACAGUUUGAUCACCCAUAUACAAUUGAAAAAGUUAAGGCUAAAAUGGAUAAAUAUAUUCGUGAUAAAUUAAGAAAAGAUAAAGAUUUAUUUUUCUGCGUAACAAAAAAAAUGAUCUACUCGUAUAUGAAUAGUUGGUUUGCUGCUUCAAACAUUUUUGACCCUUGA